AUGGGUUUCAAUCACGAAAUGUUAACACAGACCGAACGCACGGGACUUAUAAUUUCGAGAAUCAUAGAUUACUUCACCAGACACGACAUUAACUCCGUCAGUUUAUCCAACAUAGUCAUAUGUCUAAUAUGCACCGGCCUACGUACCCCCCGUACAGUAGGCGAUCUAUUUGGGUUUUUCUUCUCUAUUGGUGAGAAUAUGAAUAAAGGUAGUAGUAGUUCCCCUAGUUCCCCUAAGGUCGCUGAUGCCAUCGAUACCGAAUCUAAGAAAAUACCAUGGAAUUAUAAAGGUUCCAGCUCCAUCACUGACGCUGUUAAAGCCCUAGCUGGUAAAAAACAUAACGGUACCUCUCACAACUCCGAGGCCGACCUUCACACCCUCUACGACAGCAAAUGCACAACUCCCCAAACUUGUGGCAAGUACCUCCAAUCGCUCUCCUAUAGUAUCUAUUCCAUCAUCUCACCAUUUUUCGCUAUGUCCUAUCUAUCACGUAUUGUGUACCUCACGGAUGUCCUCAAAGAUGGUCUCAAAAACCUGUUUGAUGAAUUCAAAAAAAUCGACUGUACUCACUGUACCGGGAAAAUGAAAUGUAAGCACAAUACAGGUGAACAUUCCAAGGAAUGUAAAUGUCCAUCCAUCGUCCAAUGCCACAAUGUCCUACCCCUUUUCUUCAAAUACGGUUUUGUUUUCUACAGCGCGAGAUCAUUGAAUGGAAAAUACAAAUCCAAAAACGACUGGCUCCGCCAAUGCUCCCAAUUCGCCAAGCAACUCAAAAAUGUCAUCGACGGUCAACCAUUCUGUGACCUCCUCUCAUUCAUCAACAAAUUCCUCCUUUGCAUCCGCAAACCCUUCCUCCUAUACCUCCUCACAUUCUGGCUUGUAGCCAUUCUGUACUUCAGCUACGGUCUAACAAUACCUCUGGACCUCUUCCAUAUCCGCUCAUAUUGGAGAGGUGCUUUGUCACAUCAAAUAUCGGUGUUGGCGUUAUUAUCGAAGAAGGGACUGUCACCAACAAAGGUUGGGUAUUUCACACCGUAA